AAAUAGUGAGUGAGUGAGUCAGGGGGGGAAGAAGAAAAAAAAAAAAAAAACACGCCGCGGGUCGUGCGUGAAGACACGCGCACAGACACAACACGGCACUCGUUUUUGACACAUGUAGGCCACCUCGUCCGUUUACGCGCUGCUCUUCCAGGACAAACCUCUCUCUCUCUCUCUGACCAGCCACUGACCACUUAUUCUCGACCAGCCCUUCUUUUUUUUCCCAGGGAAUGCAGUGGGAGUUCUCGGCUGGCGGGAUGUGUUGUGUCUGUGGAUGACAGAGAGGGGGAGGAGGGGGGCGCUCUGCUCUGCUCGGCUCGGCUCUGCUCAGCUCGGCGCAGGACGCAGGAGGACAGUCGCUCUCCAAGGUGCUGAAAGUCGGAGCGCUCCCUCCUCUCUCGGGCUCUCGCCUGACGCACGAUUGAACGCGACCCUCGAGCGAUGACCGAACUCCGAUCCCGCUCGGUUUCGUUGUCUCAUCUAACUUCUGCCCUGGUGGAUUUUUAUUUCAUUUUCAUUUUUUCCGAACCACCGCUGGAUGUACGCGCACACAUGUGUGCAACAAGACUGACUGCUGCUGCUGCUGCUGGUCGCUCUCUAACGUCCACCUGCUUCGUUGGGAAAUACUGAAUUUUAAUUCUCAGGGAACGUUAAAGAGGUUUUUUUCUCGUUCUCUCUCUCUCUCUCUCUCUCCUUUUCUCUCUUUCUCUCUGUCUGUGUGUCUCUGUACCGCAUGCCUUCGGACGUGAACUGUGAUAUUGUCUCGAAUAAGGUGAGUCCGGGGAGGAUAACCAUGAAGCAGACCUACUUUUAUGUGGAUAUCUUUUUUUGUCUUUGCGCCGGAGAGGAGGGGAGCACACCUCCGAGAGGCUUGUGGUGUUAAAUUGCUUGCUUUCCUUAAAAGAAAAAAAAAAUAAUUAAAAAAAAAAAAAAAAAAAAAAAUCAAAAAGCCACCAUCACGACCGAGAAGGGAGGAUUAUAGUAUCUGGUGGAGUCUUGGGGUGAAUUCAAAACCCGGUGGAUAAAGUGAAGUUUCCCACAGGCUAUAGGCGGCUCUCUCUCCGAUCUGCUGCUUCACACUCAGCGGACUACCAGGCGACCCCCCCCCCAACCUCUCCCCUCCCCGCUAAAAAACCGCGCCCCAUUUCCUCACUUGAUGAUGAUGAUGAUGAUGAUGGUGAUAAUGAAGCGCAGGACGGAUCCGGAGAGGAUACCGGGAGCCUAGGGAUGACGUCCACAUAAUCUUUGCUCAGUGUGGAUUUCGAUGCCACGGCGAAGGAUGGGCCCUCUCCUGUCGGCCGCCUCCGUCCUCCUGCUGGCCCUGAGCGCCGUGUCCCCGGCCUCGGUGGGUAACCCCGAGGAUUACGCUGCGGAUGAGGCGGAGCGGAGCGCCGGAGAGAACAUCGUCUUCGACGACUACCGGGGGAAAGGAUGCGUGGACGACAGCGGCUUCGUCUACAAACUCGGGGAGCGCUUCUACCCGGGACACUCGAACUGUCCGUGCGUGUGCACGGAGGACGGGCCCGUGUGCGACCAGCCGGAGUGCCCCAAACUUCACCCCAAGUGCACCAAAGUGGAGCACAACGGAUGCUGCCCCGAGUGCAAGGAGGUUAAAAACUUUUGCGAGUACCGAGGGAAAACCUAUAAAAUCCUGGAAGAAUUCAAGGUGUUUCACCUACAGGGUUCCCCGUCAGAUGAGGAAGGGACCAGUGCCCCCAGCACGGCUGCCGGCGUGCCUCUGGCCUCAGCGCAGCUGCAAUCAAGAACCAGGAGCUAUAGGCCGUCACCCUGUGAAUGGUGCCGCUGCGAACCAAAUAAUGAGGUGCACUGCGUGGUGUCCGACUGCGCCGUCCCAGAGUGCGUCAACCCUGUGUACGAGCCGGAGCAAUGCUGCCCCAUCUGUAAAAACGGUCCAAAUUGCUUUGCUGGAACAACGAUCAUCCCAGCCGGAAUUGAAGUAAAGGUGGACGACUGCACCAUCUGCCGCUGCCACAACGGAGACUGGUGGAAGCCGGCGCAGUGCUUGCGGCGGGAGUGCCUCAACGGCCAGUCGUUGUCAUAGAGAGACUCCGCCGGGGAUGGUGGAAAAGCUCAGGCAAGGCCCUGCCUACUGCACCAUUUUGUAUGAUUGACAGGGCAGGAGCACAAUUCCUAAGCAACCUGAGACAGCAUAGCAUCGACGAGAUGCUCUCACAAGCUACACACAAAUAGAAAUUUAGCCACUGGGAAGAAGACGGGACUUGUCUCAUGGCUGUUUCCGUACAGUUUUAAUCGUCCUAUAUAUUUUCAGAAGUUGACUUGCUUGACUCGCUGCUCUCAACACGAAAAAGUUUCUAAGCUCCUCGAACUCUUUCCUAACCAUUGGCAAUGUUGAAUUGCUCACUUUGAUUUCUGUCUGUGUGUCAUCUCGCUUGUUGUACCCGUCUGUCACAGUCACGCAGGUGUUGUAAAAUUCCAAAAGCAGGAAAAACAAAACCGUAAGCACACUUAACAGCGCUUAUUUUUUGGUCAACGCGGGGAUCAACACCGGUCAAGCACUGCAGAGGUGUGUGUGCGCUUGACUUCCACAGCUUCACUCCAAGAGCUUGUUUACAAGACGCACAUCACGACAUAAAUGUUUGUGUCUUCAUAAGACUUUAAGACUUUUUACCGCUAUGGCAGGAACUCACCUCUAACACUUAGACAAUGCUACUGUCAAUUUUAUAAACUGCUCUAUAAGAAAACCCCAGAACGCUGAGUUUAUUCAUCAACAUACCAUGGGUUUUGAGUCAUGUUUCUCUAUAGUAGCAGCGCAGGCAGGACAAGUUCUGCAGAAUUAGCUGGAAGGCAGGAAAAAAAGUGGUAGCAGGCAACUGUGAGGAGGAAAAGUCUGCAAUACUGCAUCAAACAAACGACUUCGGGCAGCCCCCUUUUCCCGGCUUUAAUUGUAGUUAUUGUUUUCUCUCGGAGGUCCAUAUCCUCCAAAAUAUUCCCACUAACUAACUCCUUGAACUUGUUAUCAAAGCAAUUAGCGAGCCAAGAGCAGCCUGCUUUAAUUUCCCUUAAUCAAGGAGUAUUCUGUGAUAAAUCAUCCAGCUGGGUGCUUGGCGCUGCAUGCUGGGAACACUCUACGAGAACCGGCAGACAAAAGGGGGGAAUCUGCAUAUGUCUGAAUGCUUUUCCUCACGCACACAUUGUCCACGUGAGCAUUUACACAAGCACGCCACUCAUCCCGCAAUCUCAUAGCCACGGUUUGUGAAUCUGCACCCACCCAGGCACUUAAACCCAUAAGGCUUGUUAGGAUACAAAGCCACUGCGUUAUCCCACCAGCUAUAGAUUACGUAAUAAAUUCUAAGUCACUCCCCUCCCUGAUGUGUUAGAAUAGCUCCCGCGAUGUGGUGGCUAUAACACAGAGACAGGCUAAUAUAUAUUGCCAUGAUAUUUUCCCAGAGCGGAGUGAUCCUCAAGUGGUCCAAUUGGAAAGGGAGAAAAAAAAGCAGCCAACCAGACCCCAAAACACGAUAUUUUUGAGAUGAUAAAUACCAGUCAU